GAGGAAAAAGUAUUACAACAUGGUCGAAGACAUGAAAGGAAAAAUACGAGUCUACUGUCGUGUGAAACCUCUCACAAGGGAUCAGCAGAACAAGGUUAUGCAGAGUGUGAUUGAUGCCACGGACGACUACACACUGGUUGUGCACGCGCCGCGAGGUGACAAGGAGUUCACCUUCGACAGGGUGUUUAUGCCGCACCAUACGCAAGAAGACGUCUUUGGCGAAACAAACAGCCUGGUGCAGAGUGCCAUGGACGGCUACAACGUGUGCAUCUUCGCCUACGGUCAGACGGGCUCGGGCAAGACGUACACCCUCACCGGGGUCUCGAACACGGAGCAGUUACAGGCCGAAGGCAUCGCACCACGCGCCUUCCGCAGGAUGUUCGAGCUCGUCAAGGAGAACGAAAUGAAGCAGUCGUUCCUGGUGACAGCAACGUUCCUCGAGCUCUACAACGAACGCUUUGUGGACUUGCUCAAGGCGAACAGCAAUCCGGAGGAGAAGCUCGAGGUUCGCAAGGACUCGAGCGGCCACACGUUCGUGCCCGGUGUGACGACAGAGGAGGUGUCCAACUCGGCGCAGUUGUGCGAAUGCUUCGCGCGCGCUCUGAGAAACAGGCGCGUCGCUUGCACGCGCAUGAACGCCCAAAGUUCGCGGUCACACUUUGUCGCCACGGUGGAGGUCACCAGCACGAACCGCUUGAAUGGAGCCGUCCUCAGGGGAAAGCUAAGUCUGGUUGACCUUGCCGGCAGUGAGAGACUGGAUAAGAGUGGAGUUGAAGGAUAUCACAUCAAGCGGCUCGACAAGGCAAAAUGGCAGAUAGAGAGCGGUGGGGGACCUCGGCCCCCGAUGACCAGAAAUGGGCCGUCCAGCAAACAGCAGACGCCGCCAGAGCACAUGGGAGACAACAGCAUCAACAAAUCACUGUCGGCACUCGGAGACGUGAUCCAGGCUCUCGUGACGCAGCAGUCUCACGUGCCCUAUCGCAACAACAAGCUGACCAUGCUCAUGCAGGACUCUCUGGGCGGCACCGCCAAGACGCUCAUCGUCAACGUCUCGCCCAGCAGCGAACACGUCGAGGAGACCGUCAACUCGCUCGUGUACGCUACGCGCGUCCGACAAAUCACCAACGACAUCAUAAGGGCAUCUGAAACGAAAGAAAUCGCCAAGCUUAAAUCUGUGAUUGCAAAGCUGAAGAAGAAAUAGCGCCGUGAAGAACGACGCAACUUAAGUGGUGC